CUCAUUCCUGGCUUCAGAGAGGCGUUUCUAUGAUCUCAUGACGUAGGCAUUUGUUGAAAACGACGAAUCAUCAUGGCUGUCUCACAUCCUUCCAGCUGUAGAACUAAGCCUUGUGCUACACCUGGCGCUGAUGCUAAUAAAACCGAAGUCCGAAGUCAAUAUGGAUAGCUACCCUUUUUUCACCGGUUGAAACGAUUUCCGAUGAGGCGUUAUGUUAUCUACUCUAAGUUUGCUGGUCUUUUGAUCUCAUAAGUGAACCUUAUUCUCUCGCCGUACUGUGAGGUGAAUGUGUAUGUCUACGAAACUCGCCGCGCUGGUGAGAUCUGACAUCCACUAUGGCCUAUGAUUAUGCCAUUGUGCAUCUCAAGUAUACCAUCCCUCUAGCCGGACUUCUCACCUUCAUUUCGAGACCUCUUCUCACAAAGCUCGACUUAUACAAGACAUACACCUUAAUAUUCAUAGCCUUCUUUGCAACACUGCCAUGGGACUCUUAUCUAGUGCGCCAUGGCAUCUGGACAUACCCCCCUGACGCGAUCGUCGGAUUACGGCUCUUUAGCGUUCCGGCUGAGGAGUUAUUCUUCUUCGUCAUUCAGACUUACAUCACAUCGAUGUUAUACACAUUACUAAAUAAGCCUAUUCUUCACGCCCAAUUCCUCACGAAUAAGAAUGACUCCUCUACCAAGUCGCGAUGGAUAAAAAUACUAGGGCAAAUCCUCUUGGUCGGUUCUAUUGUUGGUGGUGCUUAUCUUGUGAAAAGAGGAGGUGAGGGAACUUACCUCGGACUCAUAUUGAUAUGGGCUUGCCCAUUCGCUCUCUUCACGUGGUCACUCUCUGGCUACUUUAUAAUCAGACUUCCUCUGGUUAACGUCGCGACACCAAUCAUAAUCCCGACGGUGUAUCUAUGGGUUGUAGACGAGUUGGCUUUGGGACGGGGCACCUGGUCCAUUGAAUCUGGAACCAAACUAGGCUGGUGCGUAUGGGGUAGUCUCGAGUUGGAAGAGGCUAUCUUCUUCCUUGCUACGAAUGCUCUAGUUGUUUUCGGUAUGGUCGCAUUUGAUCGAGCGCUGGCAGUCCUUUACACCUUUUCUAACCUAUUUCCCGAUGUGCCAAAUCUAUCUCCCCUCGGCCUCCUUGCCAAGGCCGUCCUUCUCGAUCCAGCAACAUACGACAUGACACGGGUGAAGGGUAUAAGGGAAGCCAUAGAAACGUUGCGGCGAAAAAGCAGAAGCUUUUACUUAGCUAGUUCCACGUUUCCUGGACGUCUUCGUAUCGACCUAAUCCUUCUGUACUCGUUUUGCAGAGUCGCAGAUGACUUAGUAGACGAAUCUAGUACACAAGGCGGGGCUCAUUCAUGGAUUUCUCAAUUUUCUAAAUACCUUGACCUAGUUUAUGCCCCCUCUUCGGAUGGUCAAUCCCCAUCAACACAUCAUGCUAGUGUUUAUGUGGAAAGUACUUUCCCAGAGGAGGCUUGGUCAGCGCUAGAAUUCCUGCCGGUUAAGUUUCUACCCAGGCAACCGUUCACGGAGCUCUUGCAAGGUUUCAAGACGGACCUCGCUUUUAGAUGGACUUAUCCAGAAAAACGGAAUAUUCGGUUUCCUAUUAAGGACGAGGCAGACUUAGAGCUUUAUGCUCAGUGUGUCGCAAGUUCUGUUGGGGAAUUAUGUCUGAGGCUUGUUUUUCACCAUAGCGAGACGGAACUUUCAAGCCGUAGUAAGUCAGAGCUCAUAAAUGCUGCCCGAACGAUGGGACAUGCAUUACAGUAUGUAAACAUCGCUCGCGACAUCGCAAUAGACGCGGAGAUGGGCCGUGUUUACCUACCGUCGAAUUGGCUGAAGGAAGAGAUCAUUACGCCCGAGGACAUCCUCAGAGAUCCGAACCAGCCAAAGGUAGAAAAUCUCAGACAGAGGUUGCUUGAGCUGGCAUUCAAGGAAUACGACCAAUCUCGGAAAGUGAUGAACUUGCUUCCCCACGAAGUUCGAGCUCCUAUGAUAAUAGCUGUUGAAAGUUAUAUGGAGAUAGGGCGGGUGUUACGAGAAGGAAAAGGGGCCGGUGUUCAAAUUCAAAGAGGACGGGCAACAGUUCCUCUAUGGAGACGUUUAUGGGUUGUGUGGAGAACUCUCUUGGCUGAAAAGUGAUUUACGACAUGUAUGAAGCUACGAUAAAUUUUGUAUUGACUAGAAGCGUUAUCUACGUCCUUCUUUUGGGUGUGAGCCGGAUAGCAAUCCCAAGUCCAGAUUUCAUAUCAUAAUUUACGUAUAAUUAUAGAUUAACUAGGCC